AAAAGUAAAUAAAUAAAAAUCUUUUGCAUAAUCGUUCUUGACUGGUACUCUUCAUUCUAUGAAGAUCAAGUUUGGUCUAUAAACCGUGUUUUUGAGCACGAAAUGUCUUCAGACUGAAAGAAAUUGUUUUUGCGUGGGUUUUGUGAUAUUUUCGUGCUAUGGAAAUAUCGGAGGAGGCUUUAACUAGUUUGAUUGGGCCGUCGGCUGAUACUUUUAUACAGGGAAAUAAAAUGAGUCAUAAAAGUUGGAAGAAACUUUUAAAGAAAUUAAAAAGGAAAUUAAAACGGAGAAAACUUGCCCAGAACAAUAACCUUGAAACCUGUGAUAAAAGUAGCUCUGACAAUGACAUUUCUGAACAAGCAAGAGACAAAGAAGUGCAACUACAGAUGGUGGAACAUGCACGCUGGUUAGAACGAGAAAGACAGGCUCAGAAGGAAUGGGAACUUCAGAAACAGCAUGAAGAACAAGAAAGAAAACGUCGAGAAGAACAGGAUAGACGAAUCAGAGAAGAAUGGGAAGAACAAGAGAGGAAAGAAACAGAAGAGAGAGAAAAAUUAGAAUCAGUUGAAAAAGCAAAAAAAGAGAAACAGGAAGCACUACUGAAAGAAGCAACAAUUAAUCAGGCACUAAAUUCUGGAGGGCAGUGUUCUCACAACCCACUUGCUCCAAUCAGCUACCAUCACCAAAAGAGAGACGUUGAAGUUUGUUCGUUUUUUGCCAAAACUGGUGCAUGCCGAUUUGGAGAAAGAUGCUCUCGAAACCAUCCUGAACCAGAGGUGUGUACCACUUUAGUUUUUCCUGGAAUGUACACUCACAUGACAUUGGAUAAUGCCCAAGAUGACUAUGAUACUGAUUUAACACUUGAAUUUGAAGAAGGAGAAAUUUAUGAAAAUUUCAAGGAAUUCUAUGAAGAUGUUUUACCUGAGUUCAAAGCAGUGGCACAAGUUGUUCAGUUCAAAGUAUCUUGUAAUUAUGAACCUCAUCUCCGUGGUAAUGUUUACGUACAAUUCAAAACUGAAGAGGAUGCUUUCAACGCAUUUACCAAAUUUAAUGGUCGCUGGUAUGGUGGCCGACAGUUGUCUUGCCAUUUUGUUGAAAUAAAGAAAUGGGGUGCUGCUAUUUGCGGUCUGUACAGUGAGAAUCGGUGCCACAAAGGAAAGUCCUGCAAUUUUCUACAUGUCUUUAAAAAUCCAACCCGGGAGUUUCAGCACACAGAUAGAAAUUUCCGUUCGGAGAAUAUUCACCACCAUAACAACCGUGAUGAUUAUCGAUCUCAUUCAAGACACCGUUCCUCAAGACACCAUCGGUCAUUUUGGCGACAUUCUCUAUCACCUUUGAGACAUAGUUCCAGCCGUUCUCGUCACAGCCAGCACCGUGAUUCUAGUCCCUCUUCAUCUUAUAGUCGACGAAGUAGCAGACGUUCUUCUGUGAGAAAGCGCUCCAGAUCACGUUCUCCUUCAAGAAAGCACUCCAGAUCACGUUCUCCUUCAAGAAAGCACUCCAGAUCACGUUCUCCUUCAAGAAAGCGCUCCAAAUCACGUUCUCCUUCAAGAAAGCGUUCCAGAUCACGUUCUCCUUCAAGAAAGCGUUCCAGAUCACGUUCUCCUCCAAGAAAGCGCUCUCGUUCUCGGUCAAGAUCUUUGGAAAAUUCUCAUCUCAAUUCACUUUCUCCUGAUAGCAAACAUUCAAAAGAAAAAACAUUAAAUCACCAUAGACACAAAAAAGACAGAAACCAUAAGAAAACACACUCUCGAUCUCACAAAAAAAAGAGAGCACACAGACGAACAUCAUCAUUAUCAUCAUCGUCAUCCUCAUCAUCAUAAAUGGUUAAUGUAGCUAUUACCUUAUUGAACCAAAAUGGACAUGGCAUAUGUACUCUGUUGAAAUCCACUACAGCCAAUUCAUAGUUUUAUUGUCUACUGGGAAAGUAGGCUCAAUUUGACAUUGCCUUAAUACACUUUGCUGCUGCGGGGGAAUAUGUAACAGACAAUUUGCUGUGAAUGUGACUUGUGGAUAGAGUUAUGCCAUAUGCAAAAGGAUAUUAAAUCUGUCAUCUAUUUAUGUUCAUGUUACUGGAGCAGAGUGCUGGCUGUUAUGAGCCCCUAGAGACUUAAGAAGCAUUUACAUUUUUUUUUAUAAGGACUAUGUUAUUAUGAUGCUGACUUAAGUUUUGUAAAUUCUGAUUUUUACCAAUUCUGUUAAAUAGUAUAUUUACAAAUAAAAUAUUGUAAAAUAUUC